AUGCCUAACUUCCUCUUUCCCACUGGUCGUUCGUAUCAGACCACGGACAGCCGCUCUCUUCCUCCGGCCAACUGUUCCCGCCAAUAUUCGCUGGAAGAGAGACAAUCUGACCGUUUUCCCGGUCUUCCUUGGCGGCGUCUUCGACCCUCGAGUCCAGUCCGUUCCUAUCAUCUUGCGAUGCCUCGUCGACCUACGAAUCCUUUCACCAACAACUCCUCCUCUACGAAUCCGCCAUCCCAUUCCUUCUCUCCCUCCUCCGAAAAGAGCGGAAUUCCCGCCAAGGCUUCGACUUCCAAGUCAAACCGCCUGAGCCAACUCUUCUCGACCUCGCCCAAGUCCAAGGCUGAGACCUCGUCCGCACAAGCCGCCCUUCGCGCCGCCAGCGGGACGACUCCGCCCCCGAGUAGUUCGACUCCGCCGAUCAGCUCGGCCUCCCUGUCCCUACCGACCAUUUCACUGUCCACGGCUACCGCCGAUAAUUCCAACAUGGAGGAGCAGCCUACCACGCUCUAUCAGCCUCCAUCGCCCGAGGAGGCUCGGCGCCUGGCGAAGCAGCACGCCCAGUUUGCUCCGAUCAGUCACCCCAGUCAUCGAUACACCAGUCGACACCCUGGCGGGCCUUUCCCGGACCCCGUCAUGGACGAGCCCCCUUAUUAUUACCUUUUGACGACCUAUAUCAGCUAUCUCAUUUUAAUUGCGUUUGGUCACGUCCGUGACUUCUUCGGGAAGCGAUUCAAGGAAGAGAAUUACCGACACUUGAAGCCGCGCAACGGCUAUGGCGCGCUGAACAGCGACUUCGAUAACUUCUACGUCCGUCGUCUGAAGCUGCGGAUCAACGACUGUUUCGAACGUCCCGUGACGGGGGUCCCAGGACGGUACAUCACCUUGAUCGACCGUGCCACUGAUGACUACAACCGGCAUUUUUACUUUACGGGGACGACUACGGACACGCUCAACAUGAGCUCGUACAACUAUCUAGGCUUCGCCCAGUCCGAAGGCCCCUGUGCGGAUGCCGUCGAGGAGUCCAUCCGGAAAUAUGGAAUCAGCGCGGUCAGCACCCGGGCCGAGGUGGGAACUACGGAGCUGCAUCUCGAAGUCGAGGAGCUUAUCGCCAAGUUCGUGGGCAAGGAGGCAGCUAUGGUCUUCUCCAUGGGAUUCGGUACUAACGCCACCAUCUUCCCGGCAUUAGUCGGCAAAGGAUGCUUGGUCAUCUCCGAUGAGCUCAACCAUGCUUCGAUCCGUUUUGGUGCGCGGGUGUCCGGGGCAUCUAUCACGAUGUUCAAGCACAAUGACAUGAAGUCGUUGGAAGAGAAACUCCGUGAAGCCAUCUCACAGGGCCAACCACGGACACAUCGGCCGUGGAAAAAGAUCCUGGUUGUUGUUGAGGGCUUGUACUCCAUGGAAGGCUCCAUGUGUAAUCUUCCCGGUCUCAUUGCCCUGAAGAAGAGGUACAAGUUCUAUCUUUUCAUUGACGAGGCACACUCCAUCGGCGCGGUCGGCCCUCGAGGAAGAGGCGUCUGUGACUACUUUGGCAUCGAUACGUCAGAGGUGGACAUCCUGAUGGGGACCCUGACCAAAUCAUUCGGUGCCAAUGGCGGAUAUGUUGCGGCCGACAAGGCGAUGAUUGACACCCUCCGCGCUACCAACGCGGGUGUGAUUUUCGGAGAAGCUCCAACGCCUCCUAUUCUCACCCAGAUUAUGACCUCGCUUCGUAUCAUUACCGGAGAGCUUUGCCCUGGGCAGGGAGAGGAGCGAUUGCAACGACUCGCGUUCAACUCUCGAUACCUCCGUCUUGGGUUGAAGCGUCUUGGUUUCAUCGUCUACGGACACGAUGAUUCGCCCAUUAUUCCCCUUCUUCUCUUCAACCCGGCCAAGAUGCCAGCCUUUUCGCACGAAAUGUUGAAACGCAAGAUCUCGGUUGUCAUUGUGGGUUAUCCAGCCACGCCUCUGGUCUCGUCUCGGGCUCGUUUCUGUGUGUCGGCUGCCCACAACAAGGAGGAUCUGGACCGCUUGCUUACGGCAUGUGACGAGAUCGGCAACGUUUUGCAACUGAAAUUCUCGACCGGUAUCGCCGGUGGUGCUCUCCCGCCGCCGGAAGGUAUGACGCCGGAGAUGGAAAAGGAGUGGCAUCGACAACAGCGGGCGGGCAACGGCAAGAUCAACCCGCCCCGAUGGCGGCUCGAAGAUGUUAUCCGACGGGGUGCCCAAGACGUGAAGAGGCCGUUGAUAUAA